UGACAGCCUCAAAUACAUCGGUGACUCCUGGAGGAGGGGAUGUGAAUCGGGAGCUCCCAGGGAUUCUGCUCCUGUUUCCACCAGCCCCCUCCCUGAGGGGCUCAACCGGCUGUGAUAAAAACCAAAAUAGGUAAAAGGACAAAUGUUACAAGAUCUUGGAGGCAUCUGGGGUUCAUGGGGCCUUUCCAGCAUUCCACACUGCUGCCCUACAAUGAAGCUCUGAGUCACGGUCUGUGGGUUUAAGGUUCUGGCAACGAUGUGAACCCCAGGACAGCCAACCUGACUGACCUUCACCGUAAAAAGAAGCCCCAAAUGAGCCCUGGCGUGGAAUCAGAGCAAGCACUAGAGAAAGGCAGCUUUGUUAAUGGAGAGAGGAAAGCAGAGAAGGGUUUCCAACAGAUUGCAACAGACUUUCCACCAUUGUAAGGAACCCACCUUCCUUAUCAACCAAGCUGUUCACUCUAGUGACUCCUACUCUGGCCUUUUGCCAGAAACAGAGCAUGUCAAUCCUGGUGAGACAAUAAAGACAAACCCUCAGAAAAACAGACCUGGAACUGUGAUACUCUCAAAACGGUCCAGUAAGAGAAUUAUGUCGGAAAGCCAACCCAGCCCACCUGUGAUCCUAUCCCGCAGGCCUGGGUUCCGGAUGUGCUACAUCUGUGGCCGAGAAUUUGGGUCCCAAUCACUUGCCAUUCAUGAGCCUCAGUGCUUGGAGAAGUGGCAUAUUGAAAAUAGCAAGUUGCCCAAGCACCUGAGGAGACCAGAACCCUCCAAACCACAGCCUCUCGGCGGCGGCGGGUUCUACAACCUUCAGGCAGCGAAUGAGGCAGCGUUCCAGAGUUCUCAGGCUCAGCUGCUGCCCUGUGAAUCCUGUGGCCGCACAUUCUUGCCAGACCGUCUUCUUGUUCACCAGAGAAGCUGCAAGCCGAAGGAUGAGAGGCCCAGAGCGCCAAACCCCAACAGUUCUGAUGAUCUUACUGGUCUUAAGAAAGCUUCUGGUGGCAUCCGACCCCAACCAAGGACUCUCAUCUGCUACAUUUGUGGUAGGGCAUUUGGCACCCUGUCCCUUCCUAUUCAUGAGCCCAAAUGCCUGGAAAAGUGGAAAAUAGAAAAUGACCAGCUCCCCAGGGAGCUCCGCCGGCCGCUCCCACAGAAGCCUCAGCCCCUUCCAACCGGACAGUCCAGCCAAGAGGGGCCAAGUGAAGUUCAGCUUGUGCCCUGUCCAAAUUGUAGCCAGACCUUUGCCCCCGACCUUCUUCUGGUACACCAGAGAAGUUGUAAAGCUCAACCAAGUGAGCCACAAGUUCAGAAUUUGACCUUAGGGAGUAAAAGUGGCCUAAAAGCAUCCACUAAUUCCAAGCGGCAAAGGAACAUGGCCACGCCUCCUGUGACCGAUAAGCCAACAAUGAUCAGGCGUCCACCAACAAUUGUUUGCUACAUUUGUGGUCGUGAAUAUGGAACAAAAUCUAUUGCCAUCCAUGAGCCACAAUGUCUGAAAAAAUGGCAUAAUGAAAACAACUUGUUGCCGAAACAGUUAAGGAGACCAGAACCUAUAAAACCCCAAAUCACGACCAUUAGUGCCAAGGGUUUCUAUGAUCUCGAAGCCUUAAAUGAAGCUGCUUGGACAAGUGCCCAGAGCCAGUUGGUUCCCUGUCAUAUUUGUGGGCGUACCUUCCUGCCAGACAGACUGAUUGUUCACCAACGAUCCUGUAAACCAAAAGUCGCCAAGAUAAACAAAGCUGCCACGUGUUAAGAAGAGAUGAAGUAGACUUUCAAAGAGUUAUUUUGAUUUUUAUAAGCUCCAAAUAGGAAUGAACACUACCAUGAAAGACUCUUUUUUUCUGAUUACUCAGUUGAAAGCUCUGUGUUCAUUGGACCUGGUUGACUUAACUUGGGACAUUUGC